ACACAUCUAUAUAUAUAGUGAGAGAUAAAGCGAGAAAGAGACUUAUAACAAUGGAGAGAGAAGACAUUAAUCGUAUGUUAAACCUAGAUGUCGAAAACAACAACACCUUCUCUUCCUUUGUGGACAAAACUCUAAUGAUGAUACCUCCAUUAACAUUUACCGGCGAGGUGGAGCCUUGCUCUUCUUGGUAUCCAGAAAGCUUUGAUGUGCAUGUACCGCCACCGGCUCCUGAGAAUGAUCAUCAAAUAGGAGAGAAAGGGAAGAAUAAAGAGAAAGAGAAGAGAUCGAGGAAAGUUCCAAGGAUUGCUUUUCAUACGAGGAGUGAUGAUGAAGUUCUUGAUGAUGGUUAUCGUUGGCGAAAGUACGGCCAGAAAUCUGUCAAGAACAAUGCUCAUCCCAGGAGCUAUUACAGGUGUACGUACCACACAUGCAACGUGAAGAAACAAGUGCAAAGAUUGGCAAAAGAUCCAAACGUGGUCGUAACGACUUACGAAGGCAUGCAUAACCAUCCUUGUGAGAAGCUCAUGGAAACUCUUAAUCCUCUCCUCAGGCAACUCCAGUUCCUCUCUAGUUUCUCCAAUCUCUGAUGAAUAUAUUAACGUGUUAAUUAAUGGUGUAAUUACUUAAAGCUGAUUAAGGUGUUAAUUAAUCACUCCACUGACCCUCCCACGAGACAAGUCACAAGUGUAUAGAACAGAUUUGAAACGGUA